GCCAGCGGGCCUUGACCCGGGCUGGCAGAGUGUGCCGGGGAAGGGCAGCCUGUUUGCAAGGAGGCAGCCAUGGCCACGCUGUACCCCUCGCUGGAGGACAUGAAGGUGGAUCAGACCUUGCAGAGUCAGGCGAACGCAGCUGCCAGGGCUCCAGCGCCCGCUGCAGAGGAAGCGGCGCUGCCCAACAUCACCGACCCCGCGCCGGUGCUGUACCCCAACCUGGCAGAGCUGGGCACCUACAUGGGCCUCUCCCUCGACAGUGAGGAGGUGCAGAAGAACCUGGAGCUGGUGCCAGCCAGCAGCGCGGUGGCACCAGUCCCUUCCGCCCACGGGCAGGUGGUGGCACCACUGAGCGGUUGCAACCCGGGCAUGCGCCGGGCGGAGAUCAAGCCGGGCAUGCGGGAGAUCCACCUGUGCAAGGAUGAGCAUGGCAAGACUGGGCUGCAACUGACAGUGCCAUCGUCUCCUCCUCCCCAGGGUGUGUUCGUGCAGCUGGUGAAGGCCAACUCGCCGGCGUCACUGGUGGGGCUGCGCUUCGGGGACCAGGUGCUGCAGAUCGAGGGCAAGGACUGUGCCGGCUGGAGCAGCGACAAGGCGCGCCGGGCCCUCAAGAAGGCCUCGCCCGAGAAGAUCGUCAUGAUCGUGCGGGACAGGCCCUUCCAGCGCACGGUGACGAUGCACAAGGACAGCGCGGGGCACGUCGGCUUCGUGGUCAAAAAGGGGAAGAUCGUCUCGCUGGUCAAGGGCAGCUCGGCCACCCGCAAUGGGCUCCUCACCAACCACUACCUCUGCGAGGUCAACGGCCAGAACGUCAUCGGGCUCAAGGACAAGCAGAUCACGGACAUCCUGGGGACGGCCGGGAACGUCAUCACCCUCACCAUCAUCCCCACGGUGAUCUACGAACACAUGGUCAAACGGCUGUCGCCUGGAAAGGUGAAGUCCUCCAUGGAUCGCUCCAUUCCCGACCUGUAAAGCCAGGUGCCCUGCUCCGGCGCAAAGACGGACGGCUUGCUUCACCUGGAGACUCGCCGCCCCUCGGCCUGGGCAGGGGAGCGGGGGGAAGGCUGGCGGCCGCCCCGGGGGAGGCUCACAGCGCUCCAGGGAAGGCAAGGCCCUCGGGACCCUGCUGAAAGAGAGACCCCAACGAUUUGGGUAGAAACCCAGCCCAGCCUGCCGGCACCCACACUGCUGCUGCGUCCACGCUCCAGGGCAGGGGAGAGCAGGUGCAGAUCUCUCCGGCUAGGGGACAGGGCUCGGGGCGGCUCUAGGGUGCGGGGCCCCGGCGCCAAGCAUUGCACGGACGCCACACGCACGAAGCUUGAGGCCAAACUGGGGACCCGACUCAGGCUGGAAGAAGCCCCUGAGGGGUGCCAGGGGGCCUUUACCUACGGUCAGGGCCGCUGCAUCCCAUCCCAUGCUGCCUUCUUGGUCCCUUCGCCUGGGCAGCGGUCAUCACCUCGUGCGGUGCAGCAUCGAGAAGGCAAAGAAGACCUGAACAUCCAGCCCCCCAGGCCCAGAGCCCCCCACUUCCCCCCCGGCCCCUGCUGUUCCCCAGCCCCAACCCCAACCCAGCACCGGGUCCAUCCCUGCCCGAUCCCUUUGUUCGCCCCGUCUGCGCUGCGAACGGGGCUGGGGCUCCACCCCGCGCCCAAGGCUGCUGCCCCGCCGGCCGGGAGAGCGCCCCGGGGAGACGGCCCCCAGCCCCGAGGGAAAGCAGACACGGCAGAGACCCACUGACGUUUAUUGCAGCCACCGACAGACAGAGAUUACAGGACGAUGGAAACGAGAGGAGCGGUUACAGCUUGGAACGUCUGUAUUUAAAAAAUAUAAGAUCUCGAUCUCUCUCUUUCAAA